AUGCCCAUGAACCCAAUUCAGGAAGUGGAAGUGUUUGACGUAUGGGGAAUCAAUUUCAUGAGGAAUUUCGUCAGCUCAUAUGGCAACAAGUAUAUACUUGUAGUUGUGGACUAUGUGUCGAAAUGGGUGGAAGCUAUGGCACUCCCCACAAAUGAUGCAAAGGGAGUCACUGGUUUUCUGAGAAAGAAUAUGUUCACCCGGUUUGGCACUCCAAGGGCAAUAAUCAGUAACGGAGGCAGUCACUUCUACAACCGAGCUUUCGCAAAGUUGUUAGAAAAAUAUGGUGUUCGCUACAAGACCGUGAAAGAUACAAGAACGGAUUGGGCGAAAAACUUAGACGAUGAACUCUGGGCCUAUCGUACCGCUUUUAAAACUUCAAUUGGCAUGUCUCCAUAUAAACUGGCAUUUGGUAAAGCAUCUCACUUAACCAUAGAGUUAGAGCAUAGAGCUUUGUGGGCAUUGAGGCAACUAAAUAUCAAUGUGGAAAUAGCGGGUACAAGUAGAGUCACAGAGUUGCAUGAGCUUGACGAGUUCCAUUACCGUGCUUUUGAGAGUACAAGGCUAUAUAAGGAAAGAAUGAAGAUGAUGCAUGACAAAAAUAUUCUUGAACGAAAUUUUAAACCUGGAGACGUGGUAUUGCUAUACAAUUCAAGAUUGAAGUUGUUUCCGGGCAAUAACAUGUUUGUAGGCAGUACUAGUGGACCGGGUAGUAGAACUCGCAGUUCCAGGUUCCUAGCGAGCUUAGCCAGGCUGCAUCGCUUGCAUCGCCAGCUGGUUGGGCUUGGCGAUGGCUACCGACUCCCACAGGAUGAGGAUGUCAACGCAACAGAGAAGUCUGAGGUCGAGCCGGAGCAGUCUGAGGAGGAGGACGCAGAAGAUGAGGAGUGGACAGUUGCAGAGGGAGCCUUCGAAGAUGAAAGCAAUGACGAGGCUUGA